AUGGGUCUUGUUCGUGAUCUGGGGGCCUAUACCCCGAGUCUUCCAUUCAGGGGGAAGGCUUCCAGGAUUUGGACUAUUACUUGGAAUUUCGAUGGACUUUUGCUAGCUAGUGGAGGUGACGAUAAAACUGUUAGAAUUUGGAAGCAUAUCCCAGACGCUGAGAAAAAACUGGAAAACAUGACAACUAUCGAUGAUGGACAUAAUAAAGCGGUACGAACUUUGGCGUUCUCACAUUGUGGGAAAUUCCUCAUGUCAGGCAGUUUCGAUGCUUCUAUGAUCGUUUAUGCCAAAGAAGAUGGAGAGUUUACUGAAACCAAUACCUUGGAGGGUCACGAGAGUGAAGUGAAAUGUGUUGCCUACAAUGCAAGUGAUGAGUUUUUGGCUUCGUGCAGUAGGGAUAAAACUGUUUGGUUCUGGCAACUAGACGAAGAUGAUGACUAUCAAGUAGUUUCGGUACUACAAGCUCAUACUCAGGAUGUUAAGUUCGUAGUCUGGCAUCCAACUGAAAACCUUCUAGUAUCCUGUAGUUAUGACUCCUCUAUUAGAUUCUACGUGUAUGAUGAUGAGGAUUGGGUUACACAGCAGAAACUUGAGAAUAUACAUGAUGGAACUGUUUGGUGCGCAGAUUUUGAUGGCUCAGGAGAUAGAUUAGUCACUGUUGGUGAAGAUCGUAUUGUGCAGAUUUUUAAAAGAGAGUACAGUAAUGAUCAAGUUGUAAAAGAUUCUUGGAAAGUUGCUUGUAAACAUGAAAUCUCAAAUUCUCGUUGGCCAUUAUACAGUGUCUCAUGGAAUAAGGCAACAAACUUAAUCGCUGUCGCUGGUGGUGACGCAACUAUCAGAAUAUUUUCCUAUCACGAAACUGGAGAUGAUAUUCAACUGACAGAAGAGCACGUGAUUGAGAAACACACAGGAGAAGUUAAUUGCGUUUCGUGGAACCCUAUUUUUGUGAACUUGCUUGCUUCUUGUUCGGACGAUGGAACUAUCCGGCUUACAGAGGUUGAGAUUUGA